ACAUUUACAAAAGUGGAGCUACCAUAAUCUUUAGUAUCAGAAUCCUUGUAUGCUAAAUCGAAAAUGAAAGGUUAUCACCAGCUGACAUUGGUGCUGUUGAUCGCGGCUUUUUCCGUUUUACAUCUUGUGCUAGCUCAAGAUCAAUCAGGUUUCAUCAGCUUAGACUGUGGGUUACCCCCUAAUGAGUCUCCAUAUAAUGAAUCCUCAACUGGAUUAACAUUCUCAUCUGACGCUGAUUUCAUCCAAAGUGGAAAAGGCGGUCAAAUCGGUAAAGAUUGGGAUUAUGGUUACAAGCAGUAUAAUGCCUUGAGAUAUUUUCCAGAUGGAAUACGAAACUGUUAUAAUCUAAGUGUCAACCAGGGCAUCAACUAUCUAAUUAGAGCUGGUUUUGCAUAUGGAAAUUAUGAUGGCCUUAGCAUCUAUCCCAGAUUCGAUAUAUACAUCGGGCCUAAUUUGUGGACAUCGGUGCAUACGUUCAGCCAAAAUGACAUUGAGAUCAUUCACACGGCAAGGUCAAACUUCUUGCAGAUAUGUCUUGUCAAGACAGGAACAACAACACCAAUUAUAUCAACGUUGGAACUACGACCAUUAAGAAAUAACUCUUAUUCCACACAAUCAGGCUCCUUGCAACUCAUAUAUCGGCGGUUCAAAAGAAGCCGUGAUUUACGGUACCCUGAUGAUGUCUACGAUCGUAAAUGGGAGUCAUGCUUAUGGUUUGAUGAAACAGAAAUAAACACCACACUCACUGUGAAUGGGAAUUCAUCUAACCCAUUUGGUGUACCAAAACUUAUAGCUUCGUCAGCUUCAAUCCCUGAAAACGCAAGUGACCCAUUGACCUUUUAUUUGUCUCCUUUAAACCCCAGUGACAAAUUUUUUUUUUACCUUCACUUUGCCGAGAUCCAAGAUUUACAAGCCAACGAAACUAGGGAAUUCGACAUUAUAUUUGAUGGACACAUUACAAAUUCAGCGUAUAGUCCAAAGAAGUUACAAGUUGAUACCUUAUUCAACACAUUACCAAAGACAUGUGAAGGUUUAUCGUGCAACUGGGAGCUGGUUAGAACUCAGAGAUCAACUCUUCCACCGUUGCUUAACGCUGUAGAGGCUUACAAGGUCGUGGAGUUUCCAUAUUCCGAAACAUAUCCAACGGAUGUCGCUGCAAUGAUGAACAUUCAAACCGCUUAUGGAUUGCGCAUAAUCAGCUGGCAAGGAGAUCCAUGCGUCCCUGUAGCAUUGAAAUGGAAAGGUGUUGAGUGCAGCUAUACAGAUAUGUCUACUCCACCAAGAAUCAUUUCUUUAGACUUACGAUCAAAAGGGCUAAGUGGAACCAUAGUGCCUGCACUGCAAUAUUUGACCGAGCUACAAAGACUGGACUUAUCAAAUAACAGUCUGUCUGGAGUGGUUCCCGAAUUCCUAGCAACCAUGAAAUCAUUGAUGACCAUAAACUUAAGUUGGAACAAGCUAAACGAUAGUGUUCCUCAAGCCCUUCAUGAUAGAGAAAAGAAAGGGCUCCAGUUAACGAUUAAAGGAAACCCAAAGCUUUGUGCGGAUGAUAGGUGCAAAUUUAAAAACAAGAAAAUUGUCGUACCAGUUGUUGCGUCGGUUGCUAGAUUGGUCCUUAUAAUUAUACCGCUGCUAGUACUCAUUUUUAUGUGCACAAAGAAGAAUAUGCGGAAAGCUCGAAACCAACAGCCGAUUAAGUCGUCCAUUUUAACAACGAAAAUAAGGUUUACAAACCCCAAGCUCCAGGCCAUGACAAAUAACUUUGGAAGAGUUAUUGGAGAAGGAGGGUUUAGGACCGUCUAUCAUGGUGUUUCUCGUUCUAUAUGGAAGAGUCUUCAAGAACUUUUGCUAGCUCUGAUCAUUGUGGCUUUUGCCACUACUUCACAUCUAAUUCAAGCUCAGCCUGAUCCAAAAGAAUUCAUCAACUUAGAUUGCGGUUUACACUCCGCGGUAUCUCCUUAUACCGAACCAUUAACAACAUUGACAUACAUAUCCGACGCCAACUUCACUCAAGGUGGUCAAAGUGGUAGAGUCCAAAAGGUUUGGGAAGAAGCUUAUCAGCCAUUCACAGUUUUAAGAUAUUUUCCGGAUGGAAUACGAAACUGCUAUAACUUAAGGGUCACUCCAUCCAAAAAGUAUCUUAUCAAAGCUCUCUUUCUCUACGGAAACUACGACGGGCUUAACAAUGGCCCGAUAUUCGAUCUGUAUCUAGGUCCUAACAUAUGGACAACGGUCGAUUUGAAAAGCUCAUUACUUUCUCAAACGGAAGAGAUCAUACACAUCACAAAGUCAAGCUCUUUAGAGAUUUGUCUUGUUAAAACAGGGAAGACUACACCAAUCAUUUCAGCCUUGGAACUAAGACCUUUGAGAGAUGACAAUUACAUCACUCAAAAUGGUUCCUUGAAGCUCUUAAAACGCUACUAUGCUAGCGAUUUUUUCGGUCCUUCGAUUCGGUAUCCUUCAGAUACAUAUGAUCGUGAGUGGAAGCCAAUAAGUCUUUCGUUUGGCUUGAGUUUCGUAAACACAAGUCUCAAUGUAAACUCUUCUACUCCUUAUGAGCUACCACAAGAAGUAAUCUCAAAGGCAAUCAUUAACAAAAACGUGACUGAGAAGUUAUCUUUCGACUGGUAUGUCAAUAACCGCGAGGAUGAAGCUCUUAUAUACCUACAUUUCGCUGAGAUUCAAACACUUAAAGGCAAUGACACAAGAGAGUUUGACAUUAUAUGGAAAGGAAACGAUGGAAACAUUACCAUUUCAGCUUAUCGCCCUUCGAAGUUACAGCUACAGACUCUAUACAACACAUCGCCCAUGAAAUGUAAGUUUAUGCAAUGUACAGUGGAGCUGGUUAUGACUAAGAGCUCAACUCUCCCACCAAUGAUCAAUGCUAUGGAAGCUUACCAGAUUAUUGAGUUCCCGGAUGCAGAAACUAAUCCAGAGGAUGUUGUUGCGGUCCAGAAUAUUCGAGCUACUUAUGAAUUGAGUAAAAUCGACUGGCAAGGAGAUCCAUGUGUUCCUCGAUUGUUCAAAUGGGAGGGUAUCAAUUGCAGCUACACAAAUGCUUCUAUUCCACAAAGAAUCAUUUCCUUAGACUUAUCAUCAAGUGGACUAAAGGGUGUCAUAGCACCUAGCAUACAAAAUCUAACACAUCUACAAGAACUGGACUUAUCGAAUAACAAUCUAACUGGAGAGGUGCCUGAAUUUCUAGCCAACAUGGAAUCAUUGUUGAUCAUAAACUUAGGUUGGAAUAGCUUAACCGGUCCGAUUCCUCUAGCCCUUCGCAAUAGAGAAAAGAAAGGACUAAAAUUGGUUUGCUACACGCGAGUUACCAAGAAAAUCAUCAAUCUUUGCCAAAAGAAAAAGUUCACUUAUUCGGAAGUCGUUGAGCUUACUGAUAACUUUAAAAGAGUUCUUGGAGAAGGAGGAUUUGGAGUUGUCUACCAUGGUUCUUUGAGUGAUACCGAACCAGUAGCGGUUAAAGUCCUUUCCGAGUCAUCAGUUCAAGGCUAUAAGGAAUUUAAGGCAGAGGAUUUAGCAUAUUCAUUUACAGGAGAAUCUUCUGGACCUACUUUGAAAUGGGCUAGUAGACUAAAAAUUGCUAUCGAGGCGGCACAAGGGAAAUCAUCGAAGUCGAAUCAACAAGAGCAGCAUGAACAGAUUUAUCACCAAAACAGUCACUUGAGUUCUUUCAAAUUCGCCAAAUUGUUUGAUUCUGAAGCUUCCUGGGACAAGGAUCAAUUGGGAGAUGUGUUGCAUUGGAUCAGGCAAGUAGUUGGAUUACUCUGCGGAUUGGUUUGGGGUGCGAUACCUUUGGUUGGAGGGAUAUGGCUACUUCUAUUUCUGGCAAUCUCAUCUGCCAUAGUAUACGGUUACUAUGCAUUGAUUCUAAAGAUUGAUGAAGAAGACUUUGGUGGUCAUGCAGCUCUGCUCCAGGACGGUCUAUUUGCUUCUCUAAGCUUAUUCCUGCUUGCGUGGAUUCUGGUGUAUAGCUUGUCUAGCUUCUGAUAGAGACACACUGUAUGUCUUGUGCUUUAGCUGCUCCGAACAAGUUUAGCAGAACGUACCUUUCAUUGUUUCUCCGAUUUACGCUGUGCCCUUCAUGCUUUUGUUUUCUGAAGAUGGGAACUAGCAUUGGUAGAUUUUCAAAUUUUUGAUGGAACUUUUGGUUUCCUUUUGUUCUUGUUAAUUACUAAGAUUUUUAUUUUGUGUAAUAAAACUGAUUGUCUUAU